AUGCAGACCAUAAAGCUCGUCGUCGUCGGCGACUCCGGCGUCGGCAAGACCAGCCUGCGCGGUCAAUACAUCUCGGGUCGUUUCUCAACUGGAUACCGCGCUACCAUCGGCGCCGACUUCAUCGCGAAAACGGUUCCACACCCGCACAUACCAGACGAGUCUGUGACGCUGCAGAUCUGGGACACUGCCGGCCAAGAACGAUUCUCCUCUCUAUCUUCCGCCUUCUUCCGCGGCGCGGACGCUGUUCUCCUCAUCUUCGACGUGAACAAGCCAUCCACCUUGACGAGCCUCACGCGUUGGUGGGACGAGUUCCGCGCGAAGGCACCAGUGCCGGACGAAGAGGCGGCGGAUUUCUGCUGCGUGGUCGUGGGGAACAAGAUGGACCUUGCCAGACCAGGAUCUAGCAUCAACCACAACGCUGCUACGCAAACUGCAGCAGACGGCUAUAUCAACUCGAUCGUGACUGAGCUAGAAGCCAUGCGGUUCCUCGACACGCUUAUCCCCCCGGAUUCCCAUCCGCCCUCCCCUAUAUCCGACCACGACUCGAUCAUCUCACACGACGAGCCGCUCACCGACCGCGAAGCCUUUCCGCACCCUCUUUCCAACUCCUCCCCACUCCCGCACCCCCGCUCCAUCGCGAUCUCCUCCAAGUCUAAAUCUCUCUCCCGCUCGCACUCGCGUUCCGCGACCUCGAUGAUUGGCACCGUUCGCACGACCCGGACGACGGUGACGAUCUACCACACGCCCUCCUCCUCGCUCUCACUCUCUCUCCACGACCACUUUUCAUCCGCGCGCUCCUCGCCCCGCGCGUCCUACUACUCCCGCGCGCACUCCCGCUCGCGCUCCCGCACCCGCUCGUCCUCCCUCUCCUCGCUCGAAAUGUCCCCCACGCGCACCCCGCGCCGCAUGGCCUCGCUCUCCAUGUCCACCACCUCCGACGCACCCACCGUCGCCCCGCGUCGGCCCUACUCGUCCACCUCUACCACCCCCAGCACCACCAACCCCUACCCGCACGCGCACUCCCUCCCCUCCCUCGCGCUCGCGUCCCUCCCCCCGCGCGCGCCACGGGGCCCCAAGCUCUUCUUCGCCUCCGCCAAGACGGGCGACGGCGUUCCGGACGUGUUUGCCUACGUCGCGCAGCGCGUGCUCGCCCGCUGGGCGUACGAAGCCGCCCUCGACGCGCGCACGCUCCACGUGCGCGAUCGCUCUGGGCUCGAUAGCGAUGAUGUGGACGGCGGGGGCACGAUUCGGCUGGAUGCGCGAGGGAGGGGAGGGAGGAGGAGGGCGAAGGGGUGGAAGGUCCCCGGGGCGGAUACUUGUUGUGCCUCAUAA